GGGCCGCGGCCGGCGGCGCCCGGAGUUAGUUGUUGCGCGCCGGCGCGGCGGUCGGAGCCCCGUCCCGGGACUCGGUUCCUCUCCGGGGCCCGGCGGCCGCGGGAGCCCGUCUGGACGAAUCUUCCUCGGCGUGGCGGCCGCCGUCUCCCCCUCGUUGCUUGCCUGUGUGGAGGUGUCGCGGGGCUGGGUGAGCCCCUGCUAGAGAAAAUGUUGCUGUCCUGACCAGUAGUCAUGAAGAGAAGGGGGUGAAGUGAAUUUGUCUGGAGAAGUAAGACGUUUAGAAAUUUUCAGCGGGAUUUAUUGCCAGUAGCUGCAGAAGGUUUUGCAAAGCCAGCCGUUGGCAUUAGAAUGGAUGAAAUGCCUCAAACUUAAGAGGUUGAUUUGCUGCAGUUUGAGAGCUGAGUCUGUUCAGAGGUGUGGGGAGAGCAGCAGAGCCAGUAGAAGAGAAGUGGUGAGGGUACAUGAAGUGUGUGCCUGGAAUAACUCCACUGGGACUUGUCUGACGCACCUGAGAGCAGUCAGGUACAUCUGACAGCAACCUGACUGGACUCACUGGGGGGAACCGAAGUACCACAGCAAUAAGCCUCCUCCGUUAUUAAUGUUGCUUUGCCACUCGGCCAGCACUAGGACUACUUCACACCAACUAAGCUUAUAGCAUCUUGAAUGGGGAGGUGUGUCUAGAGAAUAGUAUCUCAAAAAGAUACUGCGAAGAUAUUGCUACUCAAAGCUCUGGUGUGAUAUGUGUUUCUCAGACAAGAAGUGAUGUUCCUGGUACAAAGGGAAUGAUCACUGCUCAGAACAGUAGCCACCCUAACUGAACAGAGUGGAAACAUAUGGAUGAAAUUCUUACCAUGCACUGAACAGCACGGCAUCAAGCGCAAAGCUCUGGGAAAAUGUCUGCUUGCAACACUUUCACUGAACACGUCUGGAAACCUGGUGAAUGUAAGAACUGCUUCAAGCCCAAAAGCUUGCAUCAGUUACCCCCAGUAUCUGAAAAAAAAACACUCUCGCAUGGAAAUCUGAAAACCAAUGCAAACCAAAGUAACAGCCAUCGUGGAAGAAAUACAGGAAAUUUCCGACCGCCCGUGGCAAAGAAACCCACUAUAGCUGUGAAACCCACCAUGAUGGUGGUAGACGGGCAGGGUGUCUGCGGCGAGAUCAGCACGCCGGAUCAUGGUGAGAAUAAAUCGGUGCCUGCAGGUUGGAACCGAAACAAAGCUGUCUUGAACAAAAAACCACUGAACAAUAAUAAUGAAGAUGAAAUUGAAGGUUACAGCCAUGUUCACAGGCCUUAUGGCAACAAUGAUGGUGUAGGUAAGAUACCAAAUAACAAUAAUAAUGGACUGACAGAAGUUUUGAAGGAGAUUGCAGGUUUGGAUACCACACCUCAGCUAAGUGGAAAUGAAAUGAACUCAAGAGAAACCUUCUUGGGAAGAAUAAAUAAUUGUUAUAAAAGAUCAUUAGAAAGAAAGAUCCCUCCAAGCUGCAUGAUGGGCGGAAUGAAGGAUUCACACAGUAAGCACGUUAUUCUGAGUGGAAGCACUGAAGUAAUAAGUAAUGAAGGUGGACGUUUCUGUUAUCCAGAGUUCUCUAGUGGAGAUGAGAGUGAGGAUGACACGGUUUUUGGCAGCAUGCAAGAAGAGCAUGAGAGCUGGGAUGAAAGUGAUGAAGAGUUACUAGCAAUGGAAAUUCGUAUGAGGGGCCAACCUCGCUUUGCUAAUUUUAGAGCUAACACCCUAUCUCCUGUUCAGUUCUGUGUUGACAAAAAAUGGAAUACCGUGCCCCUUAGAAACAAGUCUCUCCAGCGGAUCUGUGCAGUAGAUUAUGAUGACAGUUAUGAUGAAAUUUUGAACGGUUAUGGGGAAGAGACUGUGAUUCUUUAUGGGCAAGAGAGCAUGCAGAGCAUGGUAUCUUCUGAUUCUACAUCUCCUGAUUCUUCUUUGACAGAAGAGUCUCGUUCUGGAACAACCAGCAGUUCUUCACAGAAGCUCUGUAAUGGAGGGUUAUCUCCUAGUACUCCUCAGGACCUCAAAUUGAUUGAACCAGAAUAUGAAAGUCUUUGUGACAAUCAACAAGUGAAGGAUGUGUCAAAAGCUCCCAGAAAUGUUCCGAAAAGCCUAGAAACUCACAAGGCAGUCCUUGCGCUUCGACUGGAAGAGAAGGAUGGCAAAAUUGCUGUGCAGACUGAUAAGCAAGAGAAUAAAAGUUCUUCAGAUGUUGCUGGUCAAGCUGUAACUAUAAAUUUGGUGCCUGUGGAAGAGCAAGCUAAACCUUACAGGGUGGUGAAUAUGGAACAACCCGUGUGCAAGCCAUAUACCAUAGUGGAUGUAUCAGCUGCCAUGACCAAUGAAUGUAAGGAGAAUCAGACUGAAACCGCAGAAACCAAAAAUGCAUCAUCUAACCCAAGCUCACCUGUAACUCCAGGCACACCUAUUACAUCCUCUGCAGGAUCACCUGUACGAGUGAAUGCUAAUCUGAAAAAAUCCAGUGCAAUCAGAUACCAAGAAGUGUGGACUUCUAGUACUAGUCCAAGACAGAAGAUACCUAAGGUGGAGUUAAUUGCUAACAGCUCAGGACCUUCUGUUCCUCCCAGGAAGACAAGCCACAAGUCAGCUCCUACUUCACCUACAGCUACAAACAUUUCUUCAAAAACCAUCCCGGUUAAGUCUCCCAAUUUAUCUGAGAUAAAAUUCAACAGCUACAAUAAUGCUGGCAUGCCACCUUUUCCUAUUAUCAUUCAUGAUGAGCCCACUUACGCCAAGAGUUCCAAAAAUGCUAUUAAAGUUCCUAUUGUAAUCAAUCCGAAUGCAUACGAUAACCUGGCUAUCUAUAAAAGUUUUCUAGGCACCAGCGGAGAGCUAUCUAUCAAAGAUAAAACUACUAGUGUAAUAAGCCACACAUAUGAAGAAAUAGAAACAGAAAGCAAAAUGACUGAAACCAUAGGAAGUAAACCCACUGAAUUUUCCCAAGUGAAAGGGGUGACUAAUAGCUCUGAAUGCAGGCUGGGUUCUGUGGCUCAGAAGGUCCAAGAGUUUAAUAGCUGUCUCAGUAAAAGUCAGAUAUCACCACAGAGAAGUCACAGUUCUGACCACAGUUCCCCAUCAAGAGUUCAAAAGACGACACAAGAGCCUGCAGCAAAAAUAGACGUAACACCAGAGGCUUCCGUUGGCGGCGGCGGCAGCAGCAGUAGAGAGAAUGCGAGCACAGUGCUUUCACAGAUUGUGGCUUCUAUCCAGCCUCCGCAGUCUCCUCCAGAAACACCUCAGUCCGGACCCAAAUCUUGUAGCAUUGAAGAACUGUAUUCUUUACCCCCUGAUGCAGAUGCCACUAAAAACACCCUGGUACGACCCAAAUCUCUGUUUACGUCACAGUCUGAAAUGGAGUCAUCCAAGAUGGUGGAAAAUGCUGCCAUUAAAACGCAGAAAGAUUCACUUUCACAGCCAGUUGCCGCUCACUCUCCAAAGCCAGUGAGAGCCACCCCAAAUACCACAAGUCCCAAAACAGAGCAAGCACCGCCAUUUCCUCCUCCACGGUCCACUUCUUCACCCUAUCACGCAAGUAACUUGUUGCAAAGACAUUUCAGCAACUGGACCAAACCAAACAGUCCCACCAGGUCAACAGAGGCUGAGUCAAUCCUUCAUUCAGAAGGUCGCCGAGCUGCUGAUGCGAAACCCAAACGCUGGAUAUCGUUUAAGAGUUUUUUCCGCCGCAGAAAAACUGACGAUGAGGAAGACAAGGAGAAAGAGAGAGAGAAAGGAAAAUUGGUGGGCCUUGAUGGAACGGUUAUACAUAUGCUCCCCCCUCCUCCAGUUCAACGUCAUCACUGGUUCAGUGAGGCAAAGUCAGACUCCAGUGAGAAGCCGUCGAUUGUUUUCAUGUAUAGAUGUGAACCGGCACAAGCUGAACCCAAGGCUGACCAUCAAAGCAAGAGCGGAGUGGAGUCUGCUAUCGCUGAUGCGCUAGCAAAAGACAAAGGAGAGAUGCAGGAAAAGUCUCCAGAGAGCUCUGAACAGAACAUAGCGAGCCAUUCCUCUCCGCCUCAGAUUCCCAAGAAAAUCCCAAGCACAUCAGAACACUGUGGAAUCAAUGGCUCGCCAGAGUUUCAAGACAUGAUUAAAAGACUCAAGAAGGCCCUGAAAGAAUUUCCUUUAAUGGGGAAUUGUGUGAGUGAGUACAGUGGUCAAGUGCCUGAUGAUACAACGCUGGAGGAUUUGUCCCCUCGUGUUCCUAGAGCCGUGUUUGUGAAGCAGGACAAUGGCGGCAGUGCCUCGGUUAUACCGGUAUCAUCUGUCCGUGUCCCACAAGGGGAGGAAGAAAAGGAAGAAGCAUCAAAUUCCCCUGACUUAAAUCCUUGCAGUGCUACAUACAGCAAUUUAGGACAGUCUAGAGCAGCCAUGAUCCCUCCGAAACAGCCGAGGCAACCAAAGGGAGCUUUGGAUGAUGCCAUUGCCUUUGGAGGACUAGUAGACCAGGAGACAAUGAACAACUUGCAGCCCACACCACCUCCGCUGCCAAAGAAAACAAUUUUGAGAGCUAACACAGAGCCAACUCCCAGAGAUCUCCAGAAGCAGGCUCUGGAGAACAACCUGUGUGUUGUGGCCAAUCCCACCUAUGAUAUCGACACCAACUGGGAAGCAAGCAGCGCCUGCUCUUCAGUCAGCCUGGAGCUCAAGGUACUGGAUAAUGAGUCAGGAGAUUCCUUGGACAGGCCUACAGAAAAACUAAGGGCAACCACCUCAGCAACUAACAGUGUUUCCAGCCUAACCACUAUCAGUAUUAAGGACCGGUGUUCCAAUAGCAUGGAGUCUCUAACAGGGAGACGCAUCACGCAGACUAAGCAGGGCAAAGGUGUCCAGAAGCCACAACGGCAAGCACUUUAUCGAGGAAUUGAAAAUCGAGAAGAGGUGGUAGGUAAAAUCCGAAGCCUUCACACUGAUUCACUGAAGAAGCUGGCACUUAAAUGUGAAGACUUGUUCAUGGCCGGACAAAAAGACCAGUUGCGGUUCGGAGUGGACAGCUGGUCAGAUUUCAGGCUAACCAGUGACAAGCCAUGCUGCGAGGCAGGCGAUGCAGUUUACUACCCAGCUUCUUAUGCAAAAGAUCCUCUCAACAAUUAUGCAGUCAAGAUUUGUAAGAGCAAAGCUAAGGAAUCCCAGCAGUAUUAUCACAGCCUAUCUAUCCGGCAGAGUCUGGCUAUCAACUUUAACAUCCAACAGGACUGUGGCCACUUCCUUGCUGAAGUGCCAGUUCGUCUCCUUCCAUGGGAGGAUGCCGAUGCACCAGAGGCAGAAGAAGAAGAACGGGAAGAAGAGGAGAAAGAUUCUGAGCAAAAGAACAGAGAAGCUACAGAGGCUUCACAGAAAGACAGCUCAAGCAACCAAGGGACCAUCAGCAAGCCACGCAGCCGUGUUGUGGUCAUCACGCGGGAGGUCCCAUACUUAACAGUGGCCGACUUUGUACGCGAAUCUGCGCCUCGCCAUGCAAAAAGCCCAGAUUUAUAUGAGAGGCAGGUCUGUCUACUACUCUUACAGCUGUGUUUGGGCCUCGAGCACCUGAAACCCUAUCAUAUCACACACUGUGAUCUGCGGUUAGAGAACCUGCUGCUGGUUCAUUCCAGACCAGGAAGCAGCCCUCUGAGCUCUGAGUCCAUGGAACCCAGUCCCAACACUGCUUGCCCAGCCAGAUUAAUAGUGAGCAAUUUCUCCCAGGCCAAGCAGAAGAGUCACAUGGUGGAUCCUGAGGUCCUACGGGAUCAGUCCCGCCUGGCUCCAGAAAUCAUCACUGCAACACAGUACAAAAAGUGUGAUGAGUUCCAGACUGGCAUCCUCAUCUAUGAAAUGCUGCACUUACCCAAUCCCUUUGAUGAGAAUCCAGAGCUGAAGGAGAAGGAGUAUACUCGUGCUGAUCUCCCCAAGAUCCCUUGCCGUUCCCUCUACUCUCAGGGGCUUCAACAACUCGCCAGCUGCCUACUGAAUCCCAACCCUUCAGAGAGGAUCCUGAUAUCAGAAGCCAAGGGAAUCCUUCAGUGUUUGCUUUGGGGUCCACGCGAGGACUUAUUCCAUGCUCUAAGUACAUCUUCCAACCCUGCCCGGAGAGAUGCUGUACUUCAGAACUGGCUGGAUAUAAAAAGGACGCUGCUGAUGAUCAAGUUUGCAGAGAAGUCCUUGGACAGGGACUGUGGAGUUAUUCUGGAAGACUGGCUUUGUUGUCAGUAUCUGGCUUUUGCCACUAUAGACUCACUUCAUCGCAUUGUGAGAAUCAUGCAGCAGCACUAGUUUGUAGAGCCUGUUGCUUUUUCGUGAAGCACCCCCCCACCUCCACCCCAGCCCUCACUCCAGCCUGCCCUAGGGCUCGUAGUUUGUACAAGUGUUAAAAAAUAGCCUAGAUAUCGAAGCCAGCAACUCUGAGCAAAUAGGUUCUAAUUGGAGAAAUUGCAUCCUGUACCCAAUAUGACAGAAACUUUACUUUUUUGCCAGGCCUGUUAGGGACUGAUUAUAUAUACAUGACUGCAUUUGGAUCAGACAGUAUGUGAUUUGAUUAGUAUCUGGCUGAAAAGGAGAGCAAACUUUGAUGCCACUAUUUCUACCACUGCAGUAAACAAAUUGCCCUCCUCUUCUGGGUAGUUUCUGUCAUUUCCGUAUGUAGCAUUAGUUAGUGAAUAGCAGUGACCAUAAGCAGAGAUGGAUGAGUAGUAAAUGCGAGAUGAAUGAUCCACCAUGCCACAAAACACUCAUUUUCUUCCAUUCCAUAUACCACGCAAAACUUUCUCUCCGCUUACUCAGUCCCCCGCAAGCGGGCUGGACUCCUCUUUCCGUUGGUCUCAAACAGAUUCUGAUCUUUCUCUUACACUUCACACCUUCUUUUUUUCCUUCCCAGAUGUGGUUAUCCUGCUGAUGGUGGCACAUGUCAGUGUUCAUCUGCAGCAACCGUGUUCAGUCCUCUUCCCUCCUUCUCUGACUCAUUGCCUACCCAUAUCCUUUCUAACCACGGAUCCCUGAUUUUCAACAAUGCUGCCUUAAUCAGACCAUUACCCUUAACUUAAGACUUCUGCAUUAAAAAGCAGAAUAUGCACACUUUGUCUAUCCCAUUUCUUACAUGACAUUCACCAGUCUGGACUGUGAUGUACUGUAGCUAUAACCACAUUUAUACAAGAACAAUACAAUGCAUGGUGGGCAAUUGAAAUUCCCCUUCCAUCGCAGAAGGCGCUAAAGCCUGACUUGAAAUGGAUAGGACAUACGUAACCUUCUCCGACAAUCACCGCUACGAAGCGGGGAUGAAAAUAACAGCCACCUCUUCAGUUUUAUUUUGGUUUGCUCUUGUCACUUGUGCCAUAUUGCAAAGUGGGACUGAAAUUGGCUCUGCUGGUAUGCUGGCAGGAGAUAGAAAUGUUUAGAGCUUGUCUGCGUGUAGCUAACAGGCCACAUGGAGACACUCUUACUGCAGACACAGUUCUCUGAAGGGUAAAAACAAGGGGGCAAAAACACUGUUGUUUAAUUAUUGAGGGAGCUGUUAAGUUUGGCAGCCACAACUAACAGCAUCGUGAUCCAUUUUUCCCACAGCGGUGUUCGGCUGCAUAUCUCUUGUCUGUUGUAACUAGUGUUUUCUAAUGUUGCUAUAGACAACACCCUAAAAAUGGAAUGUUGUCAGAACAGCUCAAAGAGCAUUGCAGACAGAGUUUUGGACUGGAGCAGGAAUUAGCGAGGAUUAGAGAGACAGAAUUUUUGAAAACUCAACCCGAAGGAGCUUUUCACUGUUAGAGGCCGCUGCUGACUUCCUUUCCUGACCUAAUGGCCAUUUCCUAUGGAACCUCUGCAGUUGUACAGGCGGUAUCUUUGCUCAGUAUUGCUAGGCUCUGAAUUGUUUCCUGAAUCGCUCUGAAGAAUUGAUCUGGAUGCAGGGGAAAAAGUGAUACCGAAUGUUCUGACCGGGUGAUGGAAAGCAGACAGCCCUAGUUAUGAGCCUGUGCUUCUCUCCUAUGGAUCUAUGUGCAAUUCUUGUAUGUAUUUUUUAAAGCUGUACAUUACAGUGUUCACUUUACACACCAGCCUUUACCUGAUGCUAGAUCUGCAGCCCCUUCCUUUACUUUCCUGGCACAUAAAUGCACAGAUCUCCAUGUGUUCUUUUUAUGGAUUGAUGUUUCAUUUUAAUUGUUAAAACUGUGAGGAAUCAAUUCACUUCAGCCUUGAAACAAAUAGCCACUUUAUACAGCAUAUGUGUGCUUGGACCAGAUGCGUGGAAACUGAACAAACAGUCCUGCAGGCUUAAAGCCAGCAAAACUAGCUCUGGAACCACACCGUACAUUUGGAGGGGUUGAAAUGUCUGUAUUCUUCUUCUCUGGCAUCUAUCAGAGCUAAGCUGAAUAGUGUGUGGAAGCCUACAUCGAUUGUGCCGUAGUAUAUAGACUUUGUGACCUUUCUGAAGAUUUUUUGAAACUUCUGAUUGUUAUUCUUGUGUUUGAUUCACCUGUAUCAGUGAAGGAUCAGGCAAGGAUAAGGAUAAUAUAUUUUAAUGUGUUAUAUAUUAUUUUCUUUCUCCUUUUGGCAAAAAGGUUAGGAUGGCGGCAUUGAUGCAGAAAGAGGACAGUGCAUUAAAAGCCCGAGUGCAAUGUAUGUAGUUGAGGUACUUCUACUACAUCAGGAAAGAAAGUUUCUACACUACUGCUGAGCAGCUCAUAGAAGAACCUUUACAAAGAAUCACACGUGUUCAAUGCGGCCCUGCUUUAUCUGGACGCAGGAGGGCAAUGCUCUUAUAGCUUAAAUACACUGAGCAUGACAAGUCACUCACAUACUAUCUGCUAGCUAUUAGUCACAAUGUGUGGAACUACUAGUAGGGCUUCUUGUUCUCUGUGGUCUGGUCUUGUGUUUGUUUCAUGGUGCGUGUGCGCACAUAACUUCUCACCUAACUCAUAUAGGCUGUACAAGCAAUUCUUGGACCGCUUCCCAUUGCAGUGGGCUCGUUCCUUGAAGCUGGUAGGUGCCUCCGUGUUUACGGACACAUGUUCUCAGUGUCGCUUUCAUGUCAACGUGCACAUGCAAAGUUGAAUUUGGAAGGUUUUACAACCAUAUGUAUUUAAUGCAGCUGGUCCGAAGCCUUUGUAUCUCUAGCUAUCUAAUUUCAGUUUGUAUCUUUUGUGAUGAACCAAUACUCAUUUUAGCUCUGCAGUAUAAUGAAGCAUGGAUAGAUGUUCACUAACAAUCUCUUUCUUGUGCAGCACUGGGUAAACUUUAGCAAUUUGUAAUGUUGUGUGUUUUUUUUCUUUAAAAAAAACCAGACUGGUCAAAGUAGUCGAACACAAUCUGGCCUGAGCUAUUCCUGGGGAGCUUGAGGCUGACUUUGCAGAUAUGCCCGUAACUGAUGAUUGUAACUGUGUUUGUGGUGGUUCUCCAUCCUGGCAACAGAUUGUGCCACAUAAAUAUCCGAGAAUGUAUGCAUUAAACUGAUUGUAAACAAA